AUGCAAGCCAUUGAGGAUGCAGAAGUUACAGUUGCAGCUAGGGAUAAACCUAUACCGUCUGAAAGCUCGAAAGAAGGAACGGAUGAAAUAUCUACGAUCUAUCUUCCUCGAAAAUUCUCUAAAUGCUCAAGAACUGAUCUAGCGGUUCUUAUAUCGAGGAUGUUGACUUUUCUGAUACAGAUAAAUGAUUCUUUAGCUCUCUCGAAACCCGAGAAUGCACGGGGAUUGACAAGGUUUCAUUCGAGGGUCCCACCGGGUAUAUCUGUUUACAACUAUCUGAUACGACUCACGAAAUAUUCAUCAUUAGAGCAUUGUGUCCUGUUGACAGCUGUCUAUUAUAUUGACCUCUUAUCGAGCGUUUAUCCCGUGUUCACAUUGAGCUCGUUGACAGUGCAUCGGUUUCUUCUUACGGCUACAACAGUUGCUAGCAAAGGUUUAUGUGACUCUUUUUGCACUAAUACGCAUUAUGCUAAGGUUGGGGGGGUCCAUAGUAGUGAGCUGAACAUCCUGGAAUGUGAAUUUUUAAAGAGGGUUAAUUAUAGAAUACUACCGAGAGAUGAUAAUAUUGAUUGGUGCAAGUUGGAGACAAAAUUACAAAAAUUUACAUUGUAUGAAGAACCCGAGAUGGGCCAGAAUUCAAGACCACAAAAUUCUCUAAAGAAUAGCGGCUAUAAUGUUCUGGACGCUUACUUCCGUAAGAUAGUUCAAUUGGUUGGCUCAUAUGCAUCAUCACCGGAUAAAUCGAAAGUGGUAAAUUAUGUUCUGCGACCUUCGUCUCCAAUUAAGGAUGGAUCCAGGGACUCUACACAUGAUCAUGCCUUGAGUUCGCAGACCAGCUUGGAAUCUAUCAGCACAAGAACGAUAAAUUCGGAUUCAAAACCAAAAUCUCACGAGGAUGAGGAACCAUCAGCAAGAAAACGUAACUUGGAUUCAGAAGCUCAUCCUAAUGGGAAAGACAAGGUCCCAAGCCCCGGAGAAAGCAAGCUGAAAAAAAUGACGAACAAUCAACGAACGCCUAAUAUUAAUCAUCAUUCUUAUUCUUAA